GGUAGCCACGUUAUCUCCCCAAUUACUUGUGUUUUUGUCCUUUUUCUAGUUUUAAUCACUUUUAUUGGCCAUGUGCAUUCCACAUAUUCUAAUAACACCUUACAAAAACAUUGGUAUGAAAAUGAUCAAUCGAAAAAGAUGAAGAAUAUUAAGGCCCUUUUGAAUAAAAUCAACAAGCCUGCUGUAAAAGUUAUUCAGAGUCCUGAUGGCGACAUCAUAGACUGUGUACCAUUCCAUUUACAGCCAGCUUUUGAUCAUCCUUUGUUAAAAGGAGAAAAAACAAUGAGGAAACCACCCAAAGCACCAUCAAGCAACAACACUUUUGCAGAAAAUUUCCAAAUUUGGACAAUGUCGGGUGAACGUUGCCCAGGCAACACCAUUCCAAUCAGAAGAACAACCGCACAAGAUAUUCUAAAAGCAAAAUCUGUAGAAACAUUUGGACGCAAAACAGUAAGAAAAAAUGCAGGUGAAGAGCAUGUCCAUGAGCAUGCAGUCGGCUACGCAAACGGGAUAUUUCUCGGAGCAAAAGCCACCAUAAAUGUGUGGUAUCCACAUGUUGCAAAGUCCGGUGAAUUCAGCUUAGCACAGAUAUGGGUUACGUCGGGAAGUUUGGAUAGUGACCUAAACACCAUGGAAGCUGGUUGGCAGAAAUCACCUAUACGCGGCGGCACCACGCGCGAGGUUUUAACGGCUGACAGGCGGCGACGCUGUUCGGGACAGGCGGUUCACUGCUACUGGGACGCCGGCGAGGUGCAGCGGCGGCGGUUCGGGACUGUUUUCAAGCGUACGGAUUGUGACCCGACGAUGCGUCGCUGUGCUCCACCGCGGGGCUGUUCUAGGAUUUCUUCAUCAGGUGUGGCGAUGGGGCUGAGGGUGGAUGUCCGCGGCAGUUGA